AUGGAUUGUUACUCUGGCACAUUGUCGUCUCUUGUCGGAAUGGAAGAGGUUGAGUUUGACGCUGACAUUGCUGCGUUAGGAGUCCUGAUAGCUUUCGUCGCAACAUCUCUGGCAGUAAUCAUCGUACUGGUCUUUGCGUUUUUAACUCUUUCAGUACCCUCACGACUUCACAACACGGGGGAUGCUGUCAUGGCUGCAGGAAUGAGGCGUUUUUACCGUCGACUACGAGUAUGGUUGCCGAAGCUCAAGCGUUUUGUCAUUGAGAUGCACACAGUGUCUCGGAUUCCAAGGCGAUUGCAACAGUGCAUAGACACAGACUCCACAGAUGGUCUCAGCACAAUCGAGAAAGAAGCCCUAUACAUACACAUUAGAUUACGGCGCAAUUGGUCGGACGACCUUGAGGGUAUCUAUCGCCAACUACAAUUCGAACUGUUCGACAAAAAAUCCAAGACAACGACCCUCAGUGAGAUAUGGCAAAAGGUCGAUGAAAAGGAGCGAAACAACCUUCUAAACGAAUGGCUUCGACUGAAAGCUUUGAGUCUUCUCGCACCUGAAAUCAAAGGCCAAUCUCAUCUAUGGCUUCAUGAUAUAAUGACAGCCGAGCGGUGGGCAUUCCAUCAGUGCUGUGGCUCAUUCCUUUGGUCUGGUAAUGUCUACAGAACUACGUCUAUCUUCGCCUCUCGUGUUACUACAAUAGGGUUUGGACAGGUUGUUCCUCUCGCCCUUCUUGCCUUGCUUGUGUUUGCUGCGAUGGAAAGUCGCGCAGACUCAGGAUCCUUGGACGAUUCCGAAGCCAUUCGCUUUAUGAGACAAAGACUCCAACAAAAGGCCCAGGUUUCAGGAUAUCCGCAUCUUUACAACUGGAGUUUGCAGGAAGGUGUUGGCUUUCAUGCGAUAACUAUGUUCGCUUUCAUCACGCUCAGGGGCUUGUUCAUGGCUUUGGGUACAGCUACUAUGAACCUGGUUAUGACCGUGCUGCUGGCGAGCCUGAUAGUCCGAAGAGCUAUUGACCUUGUUUUGAUAGCCAAGGCUACCAGACCCAUACCAGAAAUCCUUCGUAAACUAGGUAGUGAUAUUUCGAACGAGCCAUUGCAAGUGGGGGAUCAAGCUUCGCGUAUGGUGAUGGCUCAAGGAGUUGCGGAAACUAAUCAAGACGUGCAGGACGAGGAGGUAAAUCGGUAG